AUGGCGGGGCAGUCGAGAAAAUGGAUGAUUUUGGUGGUGACAAUUUGGAUUCAGGCGUUUACAGGGACGAAUUUCGAUUUCUCGUCGUAUUCUUCGUCGUUGAAAUCUGUGCUGGGGAUUUCUCAGGUGCAGCUGAAUUAUUUGGCGACUGCCUCUGAUUUGGGGAAGGUGUUGGGAUGGUCUUCUGGGCUGGCUUUGAUGUAUUUUCCUUUGUGGGUUGUGCUUUUCAUUGCUGCCUUCAUGGGCUUCAUUGGCUAUGGCAUUCAGUGGCUUGUCAUUCGGCAAAUCAUUUCCUUGCCUUAUUUCCUGAUGUUUCUUCUGUGUUUGUUGGCUGGGUGUAGCAUCUGUUGGUUCAACACUGUGUGUUUCGUUCUAUGCAUUCGGAACUUCCCAGCCAAUCAACCUUUAGCAAUAUCACUCACAGUAAGCUUCAAUGGUGUAAGUGCAGCCUUGUACAACCUUGCUGCUGAUGCAAUUGAUUCAUCCUCUACUUCCUUAUUUCUCAUAUUGAAUGCUGUUAUCCCCCUUCUCACUUCUGUAGCCGCCUUGAUCCCGAUUCUCCGCCAACCCUCCCUAGACCCUCUUCCACCUGAUGGAGUUCGCCGCGACUCCCUCAUCUUUCUCCUUUUGAAUAUCUUGGCUGUUCUAACUGGAAUUUACCUUCUUCUCUUUGGUUCAACCUCAUAUGAUACAGCAACAGCUCGUCUCUUCUUAGGAGGAGCCAUUUUCCUACUCAUUUUUCCUCUAUUUAUCCCUGGCAUUGUCUACGCUCGUGACUGGUUUUGUCGUGCUAUUCAUUCUAGCAUCCGCCUUGAAGGCUCGGGCUUUGUUCUUGUUGAUGUUGAUGACCUCGAGCUUCAUAAAGAGCUUCUUACGCGCGAGAACAGUAUUAAUUAUGGGAAUGGAUCGGUUGCUCAAGUCUUGAACAAUAAUGAUGGCCCUACUACAACUUUGUCAUUUAGACAGAAGAGUGGAUAUCAGAGCGCAGGGUGUUGUGGGGCAAUUGUGGGCAAGAAUCAGUUGGCAAUGCUUGGGGAAGACCACACAGCACGAGCGCUUGUACGAAGGUUGGAUUUUUGGCUAUACUACGUUGCAUAUUUUUGUGGGGGCACUAUUGGUCUUGUGUACAGUAACAAUCUGGGGCAGAUAGCUCAAUCACUAGGACAGAGCUCCAAUACUACAACACUUGUCACGCUUUAUUCAUCCUUCUCCUUCUUUGGCCGACUGCUCUCCGCUGCACCGGACUACAUACGUGCGAAGCUUUACUUUGCAAGGACAGGGUGGCUGGCGAUUGCACUUUUGCCUACCCCAAUUGCUUUCAUGUUGCUUGCUUCCUCAGGUGGUAGCCUUGCUUUGCACACCGGCACUGCACUAAUCGGAUUGAGCUCCGGAUUCAUUUUCGCUGCCGCUGUUUCCAUCACAUCAGAGUUGUUUGGGCCAAACAGGGUAGGCGUCAACCACAACAUCGUCAUUACAAACAUACCAAUCGGUUCACUCGUCUACGGGCUUCUUGCCGCAAUAGUUUAUGAUUCAAAUGCGAGCUCUGGCCUAAGCAUCUUAACUUUUAGUGAUUCAGUAGUGUGCAUGGGGAGGGACUGCUAUUUCCUAACCUUUGUGUGGUGGGCAUGCAUUUCGGUUCUGGGGCUGGCUUCAAGUGUGCUUUUAUUCUUAAGAACCAGACAUGCCUAUGACCAUUUUGAACAUAACCGUUCGACGCAACUCUACUAA